UAUAUAUAUAUAUACACACAUAUUUUUUAAGUAAGUUACAAUUAGAAAAGUUGGAACCAACCACUCUCACUCAUUUCUCUUCUUUUCACUUCUCUUCUCCUCUUUCACUCCCAAAUCUCAGAUCUUUCCAUAUAAAUUUCAAUUUCAAUUUCAAAAAUUUAAUCAAUUCUAAUUUUUCUCUCUAUUUUUUUUUUCUUUCUACAUAAAUAUCACCACAAAUUCACACAAAUUUUUUUCAACAAGCCCACAAAUUUCUUUUCACAAAUUUACAAUCUUUCACACUUUUCAUAAUCUGGGUCAGUUUCAUUUUUUCCAAAAUUGAAAGAGAGGGUUCAGAAAGAGGGAAAUGUGGGAUGUUUUCUUGGUUAGCAAGGAUAGUUUCAGCGUGCUUGAGACCAGUUCGACGCUAUGCACGUAUGAACAAAGACAAUGAAAAUGAUUCUGAUGAGUCAUCAACAUCUGAAGAUGCUCUUGUUUGGUGUAAAGACCUUGAGAAACACUCUUGUGGUGAAUUCUCCUUUGCUAUUGUUCAAGCUAAUGAAGUAAUUGAGGAUCAUAGUCAAGUUGAAACUGGUUCUGAUGCUGUUUUUGUUGGUGUUUAUGAUGGUCAUGGUGGUCCUGAAGCUUCUAAGUUUGUUAAUGAUCAUCUCUUUCAUCAUCUCAUAAGGAUUGGUAAAGAAAACGGUUCUAUCUCCGAAGAUAUUAUAAGGAAUGCUGUUUCUGCUACGGAGGAUGGAUUUAUGACUCUUGUUCGAAGGAGCUUUGGAAUAAAGCCACUGAUAGCAGCAAUGGGUUCAUGUUGUCUCGUCGGUGUUAUCUGGAAAGGGACACUUCAUAUCGCUAAUCUUGGAGAUUCUCGUGCUGUGAUCGGUUCAACUGGUCGAUCUAACAAGAUCGUUGCUGAACAAUUGACCAAAGAGCAUAAUGCCUGCAAAGAGGAGAUCAGAAGAGAACUCAAGUCUUUGCAUCCAGAAGAUUCACAAAUUGUUGUUAUGAAACAUGGAACAUGGCGUAUUAAAGGCAUCAUUCAGGUAUCAAAAUCUAUAGGAGAUGCAUAUUUGAAGCGUCCGGAGUUCUCAUUUGAUCCUUCAUUCCCGCGGUUCCACUUGCCUGAUCCUAUCAGCCGACCGGUGUUAUCAGCAGAACCAUCUAUGUGUUCAAGAGUUUUACAACCUAACGAUAAAUUUGUCAUAUUUGCAUCUGACGGCCUUUGGGAACACAUGACAAAUCAGGAAGCUGCUGAGAUCGUUCAUAACAACCCUAGAACUGGGAGUGCAAGAAGGCUUCUUCAGGCUGCUUUGACUGAGGCAGCACGGAAAAGGGAAAUGAGAUAUAAAGAUUUGCAGAAGGUUGAAAAGGGAAUUCGGCGUUUUUUCCAUGAUGAUAUCACAGUGGUCGUUAUCUUCAUCGACCAUGAGAUGCAAAAGAAGAAUGUUAAUGUUCCUGAGUUAUCCAUCAAAGGGUUUAUCGACACAGUUGGACCAUCAAAAUUUAGAAGUUUCCAAGAACCUCAAUGAACGAGUUUAAGGUUUAUUUCUAGAAGGAAGCUAAGAAAAUUCAAUACUUUUUUUUAGACAUUUUUGCAGCAUCUAAUUGUUGUUUCUUUUGCACAUUUUUCUUCUUACCCUUUUGAGGUUUUUCAUUGCUUCACUUUUUAACUAUACCUUGUUAAUUGGAUAUACUUUUGCUGGUGAUAAAUGAGGGAAACCAUGUUUUUCUCUUUGCUUGAGAGAUUUUUUAUGGUGUUAUACCUUGUAUGCUUGAAUAAUAUUUGAUCAUUUUUAGCA